UUUUUUUUCAUUUUCUUUUCUUUUUUUUCACGCAGGCUAAUAUUCAGGCCGGUGCUGCAAUUUCAGAAUCUGCCCUUGUAUAUGGCGGACGAAAAUUUCCACAGGAGGAACCGCAGCACUAACCCCCCUGUGCUGUGCUCGGCACAGACGGAACAGCUCGACGGAGCCAUCGAAUUCUUCCCUCAAAUACGCCAUCACGCUUUACUAAAAUGAAGCAGUUUUUGUGCCGUCACCUCUGGUCGGGGAGGGAGGAUUUUCUGGAGCAGGAGCCUGUUUCGCAUGAGCUGCAUCGCAUUUAGAGGCAGCCUUCCCGUGCGCCGCCGUUCGCCUCUACAUCAGAAUCACAGGCUCAGCGGAGGUGGAGUCAUGAGCGCACAGGAGGCACCUAAUCCUGAGACGGAGCAGGCUGACAGUGGGAACGGGAAUGGGAAUGGGAAUGCAGCCACAGACGCCUGUAAACCCACGAGUAGUACUCCACCGGUGGUCACCGUAAAGAAAGAGCCUGGGAUCUCAGAGAAGAGCAAUGGAAAAGUUGGAGAAGCCAACCCCGCUGAGAUCUGUGUCGUUAUUGGAGGGAAAGAUGGAGGAUCAAGUGAUAGUGGAACCCGUAGAGCUCAAACCGAGGGUAUGUUUGCCCUUGGUACUCCUCCUCCAACGAAGAGCACUGACUCAUGCAUAGGUUCGUAUGUAUGUGCAGUUUGUGGAAAGAAGUACAAGUAUUACAACUGCUUUCAGACACACGUCAGAGCACACAGAGAAUCAGAGAGCAUGGUUGGAGAUGGUCUGCCUCAGACACCCAAUAGUAGCUUCCGUUACUCUUGUGACAUCUGUGGCAAGAAGUAUAAAUACUACAGUUGUUUCCAGGAGCACCGUGAUCUGCACGCAGUAGAUGAUCCAUAUGAACAGGUGGUACUACCUGUGGAUGGCCUUAAAGAGGAGGAGUCUGUCGAACCCUAUCAGAAAAUUGGACCAAAAACUGGAAGCUAUAUUUGUGAGUUCUGUGGAAAGCAGUACAAAUACUUCAACCCGUACCAGGAACAUGUUGCUCUUCAUACACCAUUGGGCUCAUUUGAUUUGAAGACAUCACAUGCACAAGAAUUAGGUACUCUGGACAUGAGCAAAUUUAACCACAGCCAAGCUAGUAAAAUAAAAAGUCUGAGCAAAGCAUUGAGCAGUGUGGCAUGGAGGGACAUGAAAAUCAGAGAUGCUGGAAAAGCCUUCAUAACUGGGCAAAACAGCCCAUUUAGACGGAAAUUAGAGAGCGCUAUUCAGACCAGUUUGGUUGAUACAAACAGUUCGCAGAACUCAAGUGCAGGAACUCCGAGCCCUCUGGUGGCCACCACCUUCUCUACAACACAUAAGCCCUACACUUGUGGUGCCUGUGGCAUCCAGUUCCAGUUCUACAACAACCUCCUGGAGCACAUGCAGUCGCACGCUGCUGAUAAUGAGAACCACACCAAAGGGGACUCUCUCAAAACCUCUUCAGCUUCGGGUCCUCAAGAGCAGCUGUGGAGAGGGUCCCAGGCUCAGGCCCAUCCCUCAGUGAAACUACAAAUCCAGCCUCAAAGUAUCUCUCAGAGGAACCAUACACUCAGCCAGAACAAUGGGCUACCUGAGAAGGAGAGACAGCAGGUGGCCGAGCGCCUAUUACGGGUGAUGUGCUCGGAUCUGAACAUGCUCAAUGUGCUCAACAGCAAAGACUUCUUGAAGCUGGCACAGACGCUUGUGGACACGGGGGCUCGUCACGGUGCCUACUCCACCCGCGAUGCUCUGGGCAACAUGAGCUCCUUGGCGCUGCGCCAGCUGCCCCGCAUGUACAACCAAGUGAAGGUCAAAGUCACAUGCGCCCUGGGCUCCAACGCUUCAUUGGGCAUCGCCGUGACCUGCCACUCCCAGACCUCCGGCCCAGAUGCCUGCUACGUUCUCACAGCCUACCAGGUGGAGGGGUCCCGGCUCAAACGUUACGUGCUCGGUGUUAGGGAGGCGGAGCUGAGGGAGGGGCCUGAGCAGAUUCACCACUGGGUGCAGAACGUGCUGUCUGAGUUUGUCAUGUCAGACAUUCGAACCGUUUAUGUCUCCGAGCCUCGGCUGUGGGCGGCAGGGUUCGCAGGAUCGCCACUUGGCGGCGGCGGCCGGGGCAGGAUAUGUUUGCGGUGUGCAGGGUGUUCGCUCGGCGCUGUUGUUCAGGCAGUCCUCGGGAAACGGAGCCUCCAGGCUCGAGGGCUUCAUGAGUUAGCCGAGCUUCUCUCCACCUGCAGAGACAUCGCCUCAUCUACCAGUCUGGCUCUUCGCGAGGAACAGUACUUCAACACGUCCACAAGCACAACCGAGGAAAGUACACAAGGCUCCCCUGCACAAUGCCCCACGCCGCCAUGCUGGGAUCGCAUGGCAGAAGCCCUCCUGCAGGUCCACGCACACUUUGAACACAUCUGUGAGGCCUAUGGCCGCAGUAAGUCCACAGCCCCACUUCUUCAAGGACUCAACAAGCAUCUGCUAAGCACCCUGGCUUGUCUGUUGGCACCUCUUCGCCUGGCAGCUCUGGAGUUGAGCAGCCAGAGGAGACCCACCUUACAGCAAGUACUGCCUGUCUACCUGCGUUUGGAGAAGUUCUUCACAUCUAAAGCUGGGGAGGCCGGGACCGGCACAGCUAGCAAACUCUGCCACUAUUUCCUUGAAGCACUUAAAGAAAACUUUAAGGUUGAAAGAGCUCACCAGGUAGCCAUGGUCCUGGACCCACAGCUCAAGCUGCGUUCGGUGCCGGCCUACCAGCAUGAGGACAUAAUUUCCCGUGCCUGCGAGAUGGCGGCUGAAACCAGGGACGGAGGACUGGGUGGCGGUGGCGGUGGCGGCGGUUCAGGUGGCGAGGAGCGGGAUGGAGAUGGCCCCUCCACGCCCAAAAUAAGCCGCAUGGAUGGCGCUGGGAACAACGGCGGACCCUCAAGAGGCUCCUCCUUGGUCUCUGGAAAAGACGAGGCUCCGGGCCAGGUCAGACAAGAGAUUUUUCAGUACCUCGCAGAGCCUCAUGUCCAAAGUACGCCUGACCUCUUCCAGUACUGGAGCUCCACCGUGAGCGAAAAGUUCCCCAGGCUCGCUCGCUUGGCGCUGUGGCUCCUCGCCGUGCCCGCGGUGGGCAUCCGCAGCGAGUGCGUGACCGUGUGCGAACAAAGUUUGGCAAUGAAGAGGAGGCAGCAGGUCACUGCUGAGGAGAUGAACAAACUCAUUUUCCUUCGCUCUAACAUGGGUUAGAAAAACGACUCAUAACGCCCCCGUAAUCAACCAAACCAUCCAACCAAUGACUUAAGACACAUUAUUGUACUGUAGGUUUAGACAAACUGUAAACAUCAGUGUGCAAGAAAACUAAGGACUCCUCAUGGCAGAACAAUACAGAAAAAAAACUCCUAGAGAAAAUCUAAGAUAUUUUUGUGGACUGGACUGUUGUAGAGCACAGAGAGCGAAGAGCACGGGGUGGAACGGUAUCUGUCAGAGGACAAAAACGGUCCUGUUCAGGACGCACGCGUGGGCAGGAAGUAUCUCGUCCGUCACAGUCAGUGGUUUGAAUUACUCCAACGAAAACCUCUUCAAGGCUACGAUGCUGUUACUCUCACUGGUUGACAACAUUUUCAGGUAAUUAGAGCUCUCACUGCUCCGGCCUACUGUCACACACACACCUCUGGAAAAGAACAAAACAAAACCUACUUCUCAAAAACCGUUCAGGGGGGGGGGGAGAUAACGGCGAACUACUGUAGCAGCACAUUUCCGUUGUAUGACGAAAGAGUUAUGUGGCGAAUCUUCACUGCCGCUGCGCCUCUGAAAACCAGGCGCACUACUAGGUUUAGGGUUUCCUCGACACAACUCACCGAUGAUUAUAAAGGAUUUCAGCUUAAUCUACAUCGGACAAUAGGUGGAAAACGGAGAGCUGAAUCGCUGCAGAUGCUUUGAUGGCCAGAAAAUGUAGCAUUGGAGGAGUUGCAUGCACUGCAUGCAUUUAUUUUCUUUUUUUUUUGGUUUGUUAAUCAACUGAGAAGGUAACUGAUUUUAUGUGAUGCUUUCCUUUUUAAAUACAAAGCGUGAGGAGAAUUACCGAAAUGGUUUUCUCUGCCUCCCGACACGCAAGUCGAACUUUUAGACUUGCACAGAAGAGCUGAGAUUAAUAGAUUUACGUUGAGGGAUUAAGAAGAGGAAAGCAUCAAAUUAAAUGUUUUUAUUUUUAUUACCUUUUUUAAUGAAAUUGUCCAGUCAUACCUAUUAUAGCCGGAUUAUACCGAAAAUGAAUCCCAUAACAUUAUAGAUGAUGUUUUUAUUUUGUUUAAAACAGCACAACCCAGCUAGUGUGUUUCUUAAAAAGAAUAAAAUGAAAACACGAUAAGGUUGAUGUGACUAGCUUCAUGGUAGUUACCAGUGCUGGUAAUUCAGGAAUGCCGCGUCGCUCCGCACCCACAAUCCACUCUGAGUAGCAUCAAUGCACAUUCACACGUCUUACCUGCGCGUCACUGUCCGAUGAACAGCUAAUCAUUCAUUUGGUGAGCUUGCUUGCACGACUUUCUACCAUUAAGGCAUCUUUUAGCAUGUGUGUGUAUUUAUUAUUUUUUUUUAAGCUUGGUUAGAAGAAGGACUGUCCGUCGGACGUGGGCUAGUUUAUUUAUUGUUGCUUCCUGGUUUUGUCAUUCUAAUAUAUAAACAUGGUCUUCCUAUUUUGAGCUAUAGAUUUCCAUUUUUAAGGCAAUAAGCUUUAAGGCGGCACACGGUUCCCGUUAUCUGACUGUUCUCACGACGCUCCUAUUAGUCAUUAAUCUGCAUCGAGUCAUUUUUAACGUUUUGUAAAAUCAAUAGGAUCUUCUCAGGAAUGAGCACAUCCGAGCAGGCACCGCCACUUUUUCCUCACUGUACCUAAAAGAAACCAAACUGUGACCUCAGUGCUGAGGUGGAGACCGAACCACGGCUUUCUUUUUUUUUUUUUUUUUUUCCAACAGUUCCACCCAAAAUGCAGCCGGUGCCAUCGUAAAGAAAGGAAAGAAGAAACACUGACAUUAUUUUUCUUUUUGUUUUUGUUUUUUUUGUGUCUACCAGUGUAUUCAUUAAACUUAACACAAGCGUAUUCAUGAAUUGAGUGUACAUUUUAAUUGUGCUGAUACCUCCUUAAACGGCUUGGAAGAAUGGAAACUGCUGUUUGUUGCCUUUGGUGAAAAACUAUUCAAGCACUAGUUUGUUCUCUCUCUCUUUUUUGGCCUUAAGUCUCUUCCAUGGCUCCACCUGUAACCCUUCAGUUAUCUGGCCUUUGAUUUGUAAAUUAGUUGCCUUCUUUUGACUGCUUUGUGUUAAACGUUUGCUCCUUUUCUGUUGCCCUCUCAUGGAGACUGAUCAGGACUUUAUAGCUGGAAACAGCAUCCUCUAGUGUCCACAUGGUGACUUUUUUUUUUAUCUUCUACAACUGUGCUACUAAACAAGUGCUUUAAAUGAGGGUUUAUUAGGUGGAAUCAACUGAGCAUGUGUGCUCAUAAACAGGUCAGUAAUAAUUUAAGCAUUAACAAAGGUAUCCACUGUAGAAAUAGAGAUAAAACGGCUCUUUGUGAGAAUUGAAUUUGAAUAUUUAGAUUUUUUUCUUUUAUUCUUUUUUUUUAUUAUUGGUGUCACACCGAAAGACGUUUCAUAACUGAUACUGUGAUUUGAGAUUGUAUUCUAACGCCGCUUGAAUUUUGCAUAUUAAUUGUAAAUGCUGCAGUGCAGUUAUUUAUUUAUUCCCUCCCCCCACGUACACAUAAAACAGUCCUUCACUAUUUUAAAUGAAAGUCCCCUUACUAUACUAUAAAGUCUAACAUAUUUGGUGUUCUGCAGCUUUCUUGCAGUGUCCCGUUCAGUUCAGUUCAGUUCGAGCCUGUAUGGGGGGAUUAAUUUAGACAUCCGUUCCCUGUUUCAGCACGAUAACGGUUAACGACACAAACACUGGUGUGCUGUGCUCAGAAACAGAGUCCCCCAUAACAACACUGCUGGCUCUCGCUUUUGCAAAGACUGCGUCACACUAAUGGAGUUCCUGGUGACCGGCGGAGGGCUGGGCUCUUUUGUUUAAAGCCAAUGUAAGUGUGCGAGGAAUAAAAGGGCAUCUGUGUGAAUAGUGACACCUUUGUAAAGCCAAAAAAAAGAAAAAGAAAUAAUCUGAUUAAUCAUCAGGAUUUCAGACAAGUUUCACUUCUGUUUCAGGCUCUUUGUCUUUUCCUUUUCCUUUAGAGUGGUAUUUGUUUUAGAAAACACUAAUUUUGUUAUCAGUUAAAUUUUUAUUUACCCCUCAAGUUUUUUAUUUUGUGUUUUCUAAAAGCUUUGGCUCCCACUUUUAUGAUUUCUUAGAAUAUUUUAAUUUAGUUUAUUAUAUUUUAGUAAAAAAAAAAAGAAAAAAAAGGAAAAAAACAAAUGACUGUAAAGGAAAAAAAAAACAGAUCUGUAUAAAAUACACUUUUCAAGUACCAAUCCAGUGUUUUACCUCAGCACUCAGAAGGCACUAUUGUAAUUUUAAGGAACAUCAUAGAAAUGUGGGUCGGAUAAAAGAAGUGGUCAUAAUACAGUUUCCCUGGGCUUUACUGAUGAAGGGAUUUUUCUCACGGUUUUUAAUUAUUUUAGUUUGUUUUUUUUCCAAUUUCCAAUAGGAAAUGCUCUGGGACAAAAAUGCCAUUGUUGACAAAAACAUUGAUUUUCUUAGAAAGAGUAUUCUUUUUGUUGAAUAAAUGAAAAAGUAUAACUAAGAUAUGCAUGCUUUUAAUAAGAGUAAUCAUAUAUAAUGUUAUUAACCAGUGUUUCUCAUCAGAUGAAAAUGAAACUUUUUUGGCUCCGAAAUGAUGUUACUUUAAAGGUACGCUGACGACUGAAUUUCUACCUUCCACGGUGGAAGUAGCUAUUCCGUUUUCUGGCUGGUGUUCAGAGGUUGACAUCAUCCCUUUUCAGAAAUGGACGUUGUAAAUACAGGAGAACUGCUGUUUUUAUGCCACAAGGGGGCGCCUUCAUUCAAUUGAAAAAGUAGGGAGCACCAAUAACAUUAUACCUCUUUUUUCUACAGUAGCAUUUCAGAAAGUUUUGAUAUAAUAGGAAGGUCAACUUAGAUACUAAUACUAGAAAACCUGAAUUCAGCUGUAAGUUUUCUUUUGUUUCAGGAUUUUAACUUAUUCAUAUAAUAAAAGUUCAGUUGUGAAGUUGUGGUAUAUGAAAUCUAACAUGGAAAUCUGCUCCAGCUAGUUUAUUAAUUCAGGUUAAGAACUCGGUGUUGCUUUCAUCCUAUUUUACAGGCAUUUCUUCCUUUUUAUACUCUGCUAAAAUGCAAAAAAAAAAAAAAAAAAAUGUUGGAUUCUGUUCAGCUAGUCUUUUUAUCGCACUUUGGCAGCAGACUUCUGUGUAGAUUCAGAUCUGAGUUGUCUUAUUAGUAAACCUAAUUUAUACUUUUGUAGCAACAAUAUUUUUAUAUAACGGCAAAGAAAAGGUUCCGUCUUUUUUGCUUUGUUUUGAUUUUAUUUCCUGUGACAUAUAUGACAGCGCUGUUCAAUGUUUCUUGAAUACAUUACCCCCUGUAGUAUGUUAUGUGUGAAUAAACUUUAAACUUCUGUGUGA